GAUGGAAAGGGAGGCCCGAAGCACGGGUCGUCAUCGCAAUCGGGCCGGUUAAGGUUUCGCGCACGCAGCUACCUCGCUGCUGACUGAUGAGCGAAAGAUGACAACUCCUCUCGUAAGGCAAGCUGCUGAAAUCAUGUCGAGAGGGGAUCAGCCCAUCAUUGCAGACUAUGUGGAACUCUACCAGCAACAUCAAGUGGAUCAGAUCCUCCUUCCAGAAGAGACCCAGUGUCUGGCCGUCAAGACGUUUCUGCACAUGUGCAAUGUCAAGUUCCACCUGAAGAUGCGCUCCAAUGCCGAACAGAUGUCACCUUCCGGGGGUUUGCCGUUCAUCAAAAUGGGACCGCAGAUCAUCUCUGAGUUUGAGCCGAUAGUAGACCAUUUGUCACUCAAGGGGGUGAAUCUGUCCAGAGAACUCAGCGGCUCCCAGAGGGCGCUGUUGAAAGCGUACAUGUCACUGACCGUCAACAGGUUAUAUUUAGCGGAGCUUUACGUCACCUGGCGGGACAAGCUGACUGCGGAGGAGAUUACCAAAGUGCGGUAUGGUUCCCCUUACUCAUGGCCCCUGAACAAGAUCCUACCCUGGCUCAAGCAGCGGGAAGUAGAGACGUACCUGCAGGCCCAGGGUUGGUACGACAAGACAAUCAACCAGGUGUACACAGAGGUAGACCUGUGCUGUAAAGCCCUGUCAGACAAGCUGGAGGAUCAGUAUUACUUCUUUAUGGAUCGCCCAACAGAACUUGAUGCACUGGUCUUUGCCCACCUGCACAACCUGCUCAACACUGAGCUGACCAGCGCCAAGUUGGCCGACAUCGUCAGAAAGCACGACAACCUGAUGCAAUUCUGCGAGCGGAUCCGCGAGCGUUACUUCCCAGACGGGGGAAACGAAGAGGACAGUUGAGGAGAUCUGUACACGAUGCCCAGGGGUAGCGUGUGGGUGUUGACUAUCCAGACAGCUGGGUGACUUAGUGGGCAGGGGAACAGUUUCAGUCAAAUUGGCAGCCAUAACGGCAUGGCGUCUUCCGUGGCCAGAUGUUAGUGUAACAGUCGCAACAGCAAAGAUAUCACCAAGUGCUUUUGCAGCUAAUGGUGUGGGUGCAUGUAUCCCUCGCACGUUUACAGUGGUCAACACCAUUGCGUCCUGUGGUUACCCUGUGAAUUGACCAACCGAGUAUGUCCGAGGGACAGUAAAACUCUCAAGGAGGCAUGGAAUGCAUAUGGACUGCAGCUUUUGUAUAGCUUUUUUUUUUUCAUUUCAAGGGGGCGCAGAGACAGCUUUUGGGGGGGUGUCACUUGACAUCGGUGCCCCUUCCAUACUUACCGAACUUAUGACACUGUUGUAAAAGCCAGUAAUCGUACAGUUUGCAUGCAUUGAAACUCGUGUGAGCAGAGUAUCCAUAUGGCGACCGUCCACCUUUGCGUUGCCUGUCCCAGGACCUUGAAUAGCACAUGAAGAUUAAAUGCCAUGUCGCUGGUCCGCAUGUUUACAAAGAAAUCCUGUCAUUUAUGUCCCAUUUGUGUCUGUGUUUGUAUGUAAUGCCCUCCUUAUCAUGAGUUCCUUUAAAUUCCCUCCCUCCCCCCACCGAAAAGAGUUCUGAAUCGAUUCAGGUGUUGGGUAUUAAGACAAUUGGUCGUUUUCUUUUUUAAAAGCAAGGAGAGUACCAAGUUUCCACCUGUGUUUUUGUCGGAGUGACAUGGGCAUGUUUUCCAACCGUUCUUGCUCCAUCGUGACAUGAAUGCAAAGUAGAUGAAAUGACUUCAUGAAAAGUUGGUACACGUUGCAUUGCAACUGAAAUUCAUUAGGCUGAUAUGACAAAAUCGAUAUUUUGAAUAAGGUACUUAGUUUCCUCAAAGAUAGUCUCUGUUACAGCUGCGUUUGCUUUAUUUUUUAGAAAUGGGCCUGUCGUUCUAGUUCUUUUCCAUGGUCUGGCCUCAAGUCUUCUCACCCCUUGCUGGAGGCCUCAUCAGGCUUAUCAUUUUGGAUACAAAAUAAUGUAUUUUUUUUUAAUAAUUACUCCGGCAAUCCGUAUUCUUUCAUUCUGCCUGUCAUUAAAAUAUUCUCCCAAUUAUCCUA